UGUAAGAUCUGGUCCCUCUCACCGUGAGUAUUUGCCUUAUGAUAUAAAUGACAGAGUAUAAUGAUUUGACUUGGUAGAAUGUGGUUCCUAUACUUGUUGGACACUGCUGUUAUUUAUUAGGUUUCAGGACUAUGAUGUGAAUUAACAUAAAAAUGUUGUUCCUGGAUCAGAUGAAGUUGCUGGCCCUGAUCGAUCUGAGUCUCAUAUUGAUCCUGAACUCUUUUUCAAAAGGUCAAAGCUGGAAAAUUAAUGUCCCUCAAAACAUUAAUACAGGACUGGGCUCAACCGUGAUCAUACUGUGCAACUUUACUUAUCCAGAGAAAUACCACACCAAUGAUGUUCAGGUUUACUGGAAAAGACCUAAGAGAAACAGCUUCGAGCCACAUGACAAUGACAAAAACCAGUUUGUUUUUCAUACGAAUGACACGUAUGUGGUGGAGAAAUACAGAGGAAAGACCGAGCUCAUUGGAAAUAAAAAUGAAGGAAACUGCUCCCUCAGGAUCAGGAACGUCAUGGAUAAUGAACAGAAACUCUAUGUGAGACUUAGUGCAAAGGGUGAAAACUACAGUUUCUUUAAGAAUCCUGUGUCCAUUUCAGUGUCUGGGGUUGCACUCAAUCUCAGCCAAGAUGGUAACUCCACAUUUCCCCCCAUUCCAUUCACACCGAUGUUGACCUCAUACAUGUAUGCAGCCAUCUUUGUACCACUUUCUACUCUUCUCCUCGUUGCUGUUGUCCUUGCUGCGGUUUUCUUUCACAUGAAGUGCAAAAGGUCACAAUCUUUGGACAGGGAGAGUUCUGGAUACUAUGCAAAUUUUAGCAGAGCAUCAAAUGACCCAGCCCAAAGAGAAGCAUCUUGCAAAAAUCAAGAAAACAAUAAACGUUCUGAAUUCAAGAUUAUUGAUGAGCCCAUCUACGUCAACACGGAGGCCCUUACAGAUCAGAUGGAUGAGGACCACAUACACAAUAUUUACGGAAAUGUAGAUUAUUCAUAAUAGCACAAUAGCUGAAUCUCAUAAUCUAUUUAGUUUUAAACCUUUGUCUCAAAUACAACCUUUGAAUUCUGCAUUGUUUUGUUCAUGUCUGUGAAACAUCCUCUAGGAUAUUUUAGAUCAACCGUAAAAACAACAUGUUAUUGCAGAACAAACAACUGCAGGGUUAUUAUUUAUUAUUUUAUGGCCACCCAGGACAGGUUUCAAAAUGUGAACUUGAAUGUUUUGUAAUACGCAAAUAUGUUCCAUUCCAAAAAAGCAGACUCUCACGUACACACCCAGUUCUACUCCAAGGACUCUGAACGAACACAAAGAGACUCAAAUAAACUAAAAAGAGACAAAAUCAGAGCAUAAAAGGCUCAAUAUUGUAAAGACAACAUGGCUAUAUGAUUUGUAGUAAUUUCAUGACUCAGAUUGGUUGUUUGUCAUUUUCAUCUGUGUCUGUUACCCGUGUCCAGAAGUUUAUUUUUUACAUUUACUUUCUUCAUGGCUGUAGACUAACAGGAGUUACAAAUAGCAGGUAUUUAAUUAUAUUAUUUCAUAUUGUGAUAUUUAAAGUUGUUUGGCGUUCAUGUAAGACAGUAUAACAAUUAAUAAUGCACAGUCUGUUAUAGCCAAGAAUUGUUUAAAAUAAUAGUAGUUUUAGUUUGAAAUUCCCUAAUUUGGUGGUUUUGGUGGAUAGUGCUUUGUUGCCGAGCUUCCACUUUACACAUACACAUGUGGGUAGCGUAGAAAGAUAGAUUAUAGAAUAGAAACAAUCAAACUGGUUGAUCUUAUUGGAUCCAGUCUCCCUUGCGGUUACACACAUCCUGGAUUCUGCAGCUCGCAAUCAUCGUCCGUGUUUGAAUUUUUAUUAAAGACUGUUGUUUACAUGAUGGAGUUUUUUAUAGAAUUUUUCAUGGUUUCAUUUGUAUUGUUUGUCGUGAGCACUAAAGCACCAACCUUGUGUCUAUGGAAAUGAUUCAUGUAAUCUAAAUUAGUCUACAGAGAGAGGGCUUGCCGUAUGACUGAAUAACCUCACUUGAUCUUUUGGGUUUGUUUAUUUCUUACACCAUUUAUUUGAAAAGUAACUUCCCAUUUCAUCUCUGCUGUGGCUGAAACUUCUGUUUUCUUUAUAGAGUCAGUGUUAUAU